AUUCUGUCAGUCGCACCAGAAAAGACCUCAUUGUCGAGAUCAAUAGCCUUGGUAGUGAAUCUUUUCUUUCUUGCCACACAGCUCCAAUAAAACGGAUGUAUCCCUACGGUCCUGCUUCUGGGGAUUCUGAAGUUCCCAACACUUCUGAAUAUUCGUGGCGAUGUUUUAAGGUCGAUAUCCCGGACGACGGCAUGCAAUUCUUCGGAAAACGUCACUACCAUGCUUACAUCUGCCGCAAUGGAUUGUUGCUCUUCGAUUCAAAAUGGCUUCCUUGGUGGCCAUAUAACUUUGGAGAACGUUGGUGGCUGAAAAAAAGGGCCAUGCUUGCUCCUUAUUGGAGUUUGACUGAUACAUAUUACUCUUUCGCGAGACACGGUGUGUCCAAAGUCUACUACCAUGAAUAUUCAGAUUCUGAUCCGGGUUCCCUUCACAUGAUGAAUACAGCCACAUCAGAUGUCAAAAGGCUCUUAAUGAAACCUUUGCCGACAGAAUUCCAAGCAUCUUGGGUGAUGGUGACAACGUGGGAAAAUUUGCGGCCCUAUCGCUAUCCAACAAGCAUGGCAAACAUUGUAAGAGUACAAGAAGAGUAUCACAUUCUCGAACAACGAAAUGUCAUUUUAUGUAUAGUCUGAUCCAUUUGUAACGACAUUCGUUCGAGCGUUUGUGAUGUUUAUUUUUUAAUCGUUCCUUUCAACUUCCUCUAUUGCCCAUUAGCAAAUAGAACUUUAGAAAAAGUGUAGUCUAUUCCGUUUUCGUUGAAAAGACUUCUAAGAUUCAACCUGAAGCUCAACUGCAAACGGAUGCGUUAGAUUGGCUG